GGUGUGUGGUGUUGCUCCAUCAGCAGUUGGGUCGGUUCAGAGCAGCAUUUCUUCAUCUUCUCCUUUUGAGAGCAGAAGCUCCAGAGUCUCUUCGUGAUGAAGGUCGGGUUGUCUUCCUCCAGAGUCCUGCUGCUGCUGACCCUCUGGGCUGCAGGAAGCAACGCGCAGCUUAGUGUUUGCGGCGCCGCGCCGCUCAACACCAGGAGCGACACGCGGAUCGUGGGCGGCCAGGAGGCGGCGGCCGGGGCGUGGCCGUGGCAGGCCCGGCUGCACAUCCAGGGUGGGCUGUGCGGAGGGUCCCUCAUCAACAGCCAGUGGGUUCUCUCUGCCGCGCACUGCUUUAAGAGCACCAGCACGUCGGGCGUGACCGUUGACCUCGGCCUUCAGAGUCUGACGUCCUCCGCUAACGUGGUGUCCCGCAGCGCGGCGCAGAUCAUCGUCCAUCCGGACUACAACUCCAACACAAAUGACAACGACGUGGCCCUGGUGCAGCUGUCCUCCGCCGUCACCUUCACCAACUACGUCCGGCCUGUCUGCCUGGCCGCCGACGGCAGCGUCUUCCCGUCCGGACUGGACUGCUGGGUCACCGGCUGGGGGACCCUCAGCUACGGCGGCAGCAUUUCUCAGACGCUGCAGGAAGUGGACGUUCCCAUUGUGUCCAACAGCCAGUGCAGCGCCUCCUACAGCACGUUAACAAACAACAUGCUGUGUGCCGGUCUGACCAAUGGAGGGAAGGACUCCUGCCAGGGAGACUCCGGCGGACCUCUGGUCACCAAAAACGGGACGGUGUGGGUCCAGGCCGGCGUGGUGAGCUACGGGAACGGCUGCGCCCAGCCCGGCUAUCCCGGAGUUUACGCCCGAAUUUCCAACUACCAGACCUGGAUCAACAGCCAGGUGAGCGGCGAGCAGCCGGGAUACAUCAGCUUCCAGGGCGCCGCCGCCGCCGCCGCUCGCCCUCUGGCCGCGUCGCUGCUGGCCGUCCCCACACUCAGCCUCGCUCUGCUCCUGUCCUGAGGUCCAGAACCGGAGAUGUGACUGCUGAUUAUUAACAAAACUGCUAUAAACAGAAACAAUUCCUUAUUUAUAGAAGAUUCUUAACAUUGGGACUCAUUAAUGUCAUAAAAAUCAUCAAAAAUUUGUUUAAAAUGUAGGGGACUUAUUUCGAUUUUCAUCAAAUAAAAUGAAUCCAAAGUUUUCAUCAAAACUUUAAAACCCCAAUUUGAUCUUUAAGUAAUUAAUUUAAAUAUUUUGUAUUUGCAGAGGGUUAUGGUGACCUUCACCAUAUGAAAGUAUUCAUAAUAAGGUUUUAAAUAUAUUUAAAACAAUAAGAAACUUUCUUCUCCCUGAUCAUCAGAACUGAGAUUAAAAUUAAAGACAGAAAAAUUAGAUUUUAUUACAUUUUUACGGUGUACAUGAUAAUAAAGUGUCACAUUUAAAUGUUAUUUUCUGCUUCUUGGCUCCAAACUCAGCAGGAUUCAGUCAGAAAAAGGUUUAAAGGUUUUGCUGUUAAAUGUUUUGCACAAAUUUUACAUAAUGUAACUGAUGAAGUUUUUAGUUUCUGAUUAUUUUUGUUUGUGUUGGAAUUGUUUUUGUUUUUAGACCUUUACUGUGAUUUAUUAUUAAAUGAAGAAAUUUUCAUGUUUGUGUCUUGAUAAAAAUACUCAGGGAUCAGCUUUUCUCUGCUACUAUAUGAAGUAAAUCAAUCAAAUACAUCUAAAUAUUUUUCUGUUGGACUUUCCGGGUGCCAAGUUCUUAAUAAAGGAAACAAAUUGUC